AAACACAUAGACAUUUGACAAAAUCUCAGCAUGUCUAUCAGUCUAGCUCUGAUGAGUCUUGGACAUUAAUUACUGUUUUCUCAGUAAAUCAAAGCGCUCCACCUUCAGUCUCUGGAUGCAGGCAACGUAUGGCUGAACAACGAUCUCUGGAAGACGUCUAUGUGAUUCCAACAUUUGAAGUCCAUUUACAAGGAAGGGCAAAGUAAUAGAUCCAAGAGCACUAUGAUAUGCUGAGACAAGCUUGGAUGGACUCAAAAAGCCGCUGAGUGAAACGCUUGUGAUUCUCAGAUACAGGCCGAAUCCAGACUUCACCAUGAAGAUCUCUGGGACUUCACUCGACAUGAGCGUAACCGACUAUGGAAUAACCCUGGACCCUACAUUCACCAUGCUAGAGUUUGACGGUCUUCGUGUUCUCCCUGUACAAACAGAUCCACUAAUACCAGGCCAUGCACCUCCAUCAGCCGCAGUGCCUGCGCCGCAGCAGAGCAGCAUGAAUCUCUGUGCUAUCUGUGCAGACAGAGCUACGGGAAAACAUUAUGGUGCUUCCAGCUGUGAUGGCUGCAAGGGCUUCUUUAGAAGGAGUGUGCGCAAGAAUCAUGCCUACACAUGCAGGUUCAGCAGGCAGUGUGUGGUGGACAAAGACAAAAGAAACCAAUGUCGAUAUUGCAGACUUCGAAAGUGUUUCAGAGCCGGCAUGAGGAAAGAAGCUGUUCAGAAUGAGCGCGACCGCAUCAGCUGUCGUAGAGAAGGCCAAGCCGUGGGCACUCUCACCAUUGAUGUGCUGAUGCAGGCCGAGGCUUUCACUCAGAAUCCCUCCCAGAAUCUCAUGAGGGACAUCAACAGCAAGAAGAUCGCCUGCGUGGGUGAUGUGUGCGAGUCCAUGAAACAGCAGCUCCUCCUCCUAGUGGAGUGGGCCAAGCGCAUCCCUGAAUUCUGUGAGCUAUCGGUGGAUGACAGGGUGGCGCUGUUGAGGGCUCAUUCUGCAGAGCACCUCAUCUUAGGGGUGGCACGACGUUCACUUCCCUACAAUGACAUCAUCCUGCUGGGAAACGACUUCAUCAUACCUUUUAGAGGCACCGAGCAGGAGAUGUCCAAGGUAGCAGCUCGUAUCUUGGAAGAGCUGGUGAGACCUUUGAAAGAGCUGAACAUCACAGACACAGAAUUUGUCUGUCUCAAAACCAUUGUCUUCUUCGCCCCAGAUUGCCCUGGACUGCAAUGCGCCCAGGCGGUGCGCCGACUGCGAUUCCAGGCCCAGGUGCUGCUGGAUGAGUCCACUAGUGAGCAGCGAGGGCGGUUUGGGGAGCUGUUGUUGCUGCUGACCACACUUCAGAGCGUGGCCUGGCAGAUGGUGGAGCAGCUGCAGCUCAUGCGUCUCUUGGGCAAAGCCAAUGUGGACAGCCUGUUGAUGGAGAUGCUCCUGGGAGAAGAAGCAACCAGAGGACCUGAAGCACUGCCGGCCUCAGAGUCGAAUCCCGAGCCACUUAUAUUCAGCACAGCAACAGAGUCUGUCCUCUCCAGAGGAAUACUGACGGAGCAUAUCCCAAUGCAUAACUUCACAUCAGUGAUCCUCCCUGUACCCUCCUCAGGUCUGUCUGAAGAUCCCCUGACACCCACACACACUGGGCCUGAGGUCUUCACACAUGGACAAGCAGCAGACAUGCCAACUGUACACACGUGCCUUUAACCACAUGUAUAAAGGUUAUCCAGACAGGCCUACCUUUAUACACUUAAAGAGAUCGUUCAUCCAAAACUGAAAAUUCUGUCAUCAUUUAAGUUGUUCCAAAUCUGUUUCUUUCUUCUGUUGAACACAAAAUAAAAUAUUUUGAAGAAAACUAUGGAAGUCAAUGGGGACCAGAAACUGACAGAAUUUUUAUUUUUGGGUGAACUAUCCCUUUAAGACCAUCACUUUUGAUACAAAUGUGAAUUGCACACAGAAACUAAAAUUAGGGAUGAGUCAUUGUAUUUUACAUAUAAUGAGAAAUGCUUAAUAAUUGUUAAAAUCUAACAGUGUUAAAUUUUUUAUGUGAGUGAAAAAUUAACAGACAAUAAAAAGCCUCCAGGCUGUAUAUUGUAAUGAGA